CUGCCGGCAACUAUUUAUUCCAGCGUUGGAUUCGCAAAGCAGGACGGCGUAAGCGGGGAAGAAGGUUGUUGAUAAGGAUACCUCAGUGGUUGCUGUCCCGCAUCACUCACUCCCACCGACUCGCGUUCGCCAUGGCGUCCACGUCGGCCGAUGUCUCGGACGGUCCCGGCGACCACGUUGUGCGGCCCCGGCCCCGGAAGCCCAUCCAUUCCCAACUGUCUCAUAUCAGCAGUACCUCCGAGCCCAACGGCACGCUCGAAACCCCCAGCAAUGGCCAUGUCACGGAGACGACGAGGUAGGCAGGCUGAGAAUACGUCGAGCUACCCUGUUUUCCGUGGAAGAGGGCAAUCAGACUCACUCACUCCUGCGUGCUUUUGCAGUGGCCGCUCGACGCCCGUUCCCGUCGAUGCACCCCCCUCGGUCAAAUCCCUCUCGACGGCCCGCAAACAGGUGCGCGCCGAGCGACGCCGUCGCAUCUUCCCGACCAUUGAGUUCGCGAGCCGUGUUUCUCAUUUCGACCCCAACAGCGACUAUCGCGACUUUCAUGGCUUCUUCAACCUCUUCUGGAUCGGCCUGGCCAUCAUGGCCAUCACUACCAUGCUACGCAAUAUCAAGGAUACGGGAUAUCCGCUCCGCGUCGAGAUCUGGAGCCUGUUCACCGUCAAGCUGUGGCACCUGGCCAUUGCCGACUUUCUGAUGGUCGCGAGCACUGCUGUUUCUCUGCCUCUGCACAGGAUCUUCCGCGCUGCCUCGGCAGAGAGCCCACUGACGUGGGCAAAGGGGGGCAUGGCCAUCAUGAGCGUCUAUCAAGUCGUGUGGCUGGCGGUUUGGAUAGCCGUGCCUUUCCUGCUGGACUGGACGUGGACCGCCCAGGUCUUCUUGCUGCUCCACACCAUGGUUCUGCUGAUGAAGAUGCAUUCGUAUGUCUUCUACAACGGCCACUUGAGCGAGACAGAGAAGAGGUUGCGUGCCCUCGACGAUCCCGCCACUGCAUCGCGUGCACCGGCCUAUAUCUACCCGUCCGCGGACAACCCCAUGGGCACGACGGUCAGCCCCAACAGAGCCGAAGCGAGGGGAAAAGGCAAGGGUGCGGACGGCGGCCUCGGGGAUGCCGAUGAGGUCGCCCAGUUGCGCGAGGAUUUGGCACGAGAGCUGACCAGCCCCAUCGGCAACAUCACUUAUCCCGCGAACUUGACGUGGGCAAACUAUUUCGACUACCUUUGCUGCCCGACCCUCUGCUACGAGAUUGAGUACCCGCGCAAUGACCGCAUUGACUGGCAGAGCCUCUUUUCCAAGAUCGUCGCCGUCUUUGGCUGCAUCUUCCUCCUGACCGUCAUCUCGGAGGAGUUCAUCCUGCCGGCCCUGGUCGACGCCUCUCAGCGACUGGACCCGUCGCUGAGGAGCGCCGACUCGCCGCUGACGGCCCUCGAGGUGCUCCUCGUCCUCGCCGAGACCAUCUCCUGGCUGCUCUUCCCCUUCAUGCUGACCUUCCUGCUCGUCUUCUUCGUCAUCUUCGAGUACGUGCUCGGCGCCUUCGCCGAGCUCACGCGCUUCGCCGACCGCCACUUCUACAGCGACUGGUGGAACAGCACCGACUGGAUGGAGUUCUCGCGCGAGUGGAACGUGCCCGUCUACAGCUUCCUCCGCCGCCACGUCUACAGCGCCAGCCGCCCCCACAUCGGCAAGGCCAACGCCACCGUCAUCACCUUCCUGAUCAGCGCCGUCGGCCACGAGAUCGUCAUGGCCUGCAUCACCAAGAAGCUGCGCGGCUACGGCUUCGUGUGCCAGAUGCUGCAGCUCCCCAUCGUCAUGCUGCAGCGGACGAAGUGGGUCAGAGGCCGCAAGACUCUCAACAACGUCUGCUUCUGGUGCAGCAUGAUCCUGGGCCUGAGCUUGGUAAGUAAACCCGCGUGGUCUCUUCCAUUCAUGGGACAACUUCCGUGGCUGACAUCUUGCUUGUCCUGCAGAUCUGCUCGCUCUACGUCCUGGUAUGAAGCAGCGGGACCCAGUCUGCGCUUGCCUCUUCCAAAACGAGACCGUGUUGUGGCAUUUGGCAUGCACCGGCCCAAUCCCCCAGAAAGAAAGGGGUCGUGAGGGAACCACUCAGUUGCGCUGCGCUUGACCACGACUUGACCGGCACAUCCGAAUGGGGCGUUGCGAAGGCAGACAACUCUCCCAACUCAGACGGGGGAUUCAACCCGUCCAUAACCCCGGUUUCGACCGGACAUGAUACAUACGCUGACGGUGGCUCCGACGG